GAUAACAACUGUCUCCCUUACGGCGAAUACAGGUGCUUUUAUGGAAAUGCUUAUCUCAUAUACUUUCAACAGCCCGCUGAUUCUGUCAAACCAAAUUAUCAAGAAACAAGAUGUAAUUACUGCGCGUGUACUUUUGUAAUCGACACUGGCGCGACCUAUCGAACAGUUGAGCAGUCCGAGCUGCAGCAAAAAGUUGUUUAGCGGUAGGCUUUUGCCCAUUUGGCGCGAAACAGAAGCUGCGACCUGCGCUUAAAUAGUGACUGACAGUUUGUAUGGGGCUUCUAUUUGUUGUAUUGUUCGCCCGGGUGAUACAGCUGAGUCUAUCAGGAUGUCAUCGAAGGAACUCGAGAAUAAAGGAAAGCGAAAAAUAUUGGACAUUGAGACAGGAAACGCCGAAAAACGAACACGAUUUCAAGUGAAUCCUGUUGAUAGCGUUACAUUAGCGCAUUAUGUUAGAGGUAACCGUUAUCGUGGAACAGACUCGCUUCGUGAAAUUGGUUCGGCUUCUCUUACGACAGACACUAACCUGUCCGUUUCUCCAGAUAGUAGUUCGUCGCCUUCUUCUGAUGUAUCUGGAAAUGAUUCGAACCCCGGGAAAAGUUUUCGUCAUUUUACAAGAGAAGUUCUUCCAAGACUCGAAAAUUAUCGAAAUGUGAUGUCAAUACACGCAGCCUCCAGACCGACUCUUGACGAGUUGCACAAUGCUACUGUUCAGGGAGAGGGCAAGGUAAUAUUCUACAAGCUGAGCAAUCCAGAUGCAAAUUGUGGCUCCACUGAAAAGCUUCAGGGAAUAGAACAAUUUGUUGGUGCCUCAACCGAAGACAUGAAAGUUCCAGUUAAAUUUGGAUGGAUUCAAGGAGUCCUGGUUCGCAAUCUUCUCAGCAUUUGGGGAAUAAUGUUGUUUCUGCGCCUUUCAUGGGUUGUAGGCCAAGCAGGGAUUGUGCAGGGUUUGCUAUUGAUACUAAGCACCAGUGCAGUGACUGUGAUAACAGGAUUAUCAAUGUCCGCUAUCAGUACAAAUGGGAUCAUAAAAGGAGGUGGCAUGUACUACACUAUAUCACGAUCCCUGGGACCAGAAUUUGGAGGAUCAAUUGGCCUAAUUUUGUCACUAGCAAAUGCAUUGGCAUGUGCAAUGUAUGUUGUUGGGUUUUCAGAAUCCUUAAAUGAUUUGCUCGAUUCUUAUGGUCUCUCAAUUGUUGAUGGUGGAGUGAAUGACAUGCGAAUUACAGGUGUCGUAACAGUAAUUGCACUGUUGUGCAUUGUUGUUCUUGGUAUGGAAUGGGAAGCCAAGACUCAGCUUGGUCUGCUGGUUAUCCUGAUAGCAGCCAUUCUUGAUUACACAGUUGGUUCUUUCAUUGGCCCACAAAGCAACGAAGCUAUAGCCAAAGGAUUUUUGGGAUUUAAUGAUUACAGAGUCAGUGAUGGUGUAGACUACACAUUUUUCUCUGUUUUUGCUGUAUUUUUUCCUGCAGCAACUGGUUUUCUUGCAGGUGCUAAUAUAUCAGGAGACUUGAAGGACCCAGAAGUAGCAAUACCAAAAGGAACACUGCUUUCAAUUUUCAUAACUACUGUUUCAUACCUUUUCAUGGCGUUCAUAGCAGGAGCCACAGUUGUGCGUGAUGCAAGUGGCAAUGUGCAUGAAAUUUCAGAUCAAACCUUUUUGAAUUGUACUGGUCGAACAUGUAAGUGGGGAUUGCAGAAUAGCUUCACAGUUGUGGAACUGGUGUCAGCAUUUGGACCUCUCAUCUAUGCAGGGUGCUUUGCUGCCUCAUUAUCUUCUGCACUAUCUAGCCUGAUUUCAGCUCCAAAAAUAUUUCAAGCUUUAGCCAAAGAUAAGCUAUACCCUUAUAUUGAAUGGUUUUCAAAAGGGUAUGGUAAAAAUAAUGAGCCUAUUCGGGGAUAUAUAUUGACAUUUGUGAUUGCUGUUGGCUUUAUUUUAACAGGUGACCUGAAUAUUAUCGCUCCACUGAUAUCAAAUUUCUUUCUGGCAACAUAUGCUCUUAUAAAUUUCAGCACAUUUCAUGCUUCUCUUGUUAAACCAAUUGGUUGGAGACCCAAAUUCAGGUAUUACAACAUGUGGAUAUGCCUCCUCGGUUCUACAUUAUGUGUAAGUAUAAUGUUCCUGAUAAGCUGGUGGACAGCUCUCAUCACCUUGGGAUGUAUUUUGGCACUUUAUCUCGUGGUCUCCUACAGGAAUCCAGAUGUGAACUGGGGUUCAUCAACUCAAGCACAGACUUAUAAGUAUGCUCUAUUAUCAGUGCAGCAACUAAAUCAAGUUUUAGAGCAUGUUAAGAACUACAAUCCACAAAUAUUAGUACUCACUGGCAGACCAAGCCAGCGACCACCACUUGUGCAUUUUGCUCAUCUCAUUACAAAGAACUCAUCGCUCUUGAUCUGUGGUCAUAUCAUUAAGACUGUAAUGAAUCGAAGACAAUCCAAUAGACUAAAACUUGACGCCCAGAGUUGGUUCCAGUUGAACAAGAUAAAAGCAUUCUACACAUAUAUCGAUGAAACAGAUUUUAAAAAUGGAGCAAGUGCUUUAUUACAGACAGCUGGAAUUGGCAAACUAAAACCAAACAUUUUGCUGGUGGGUUAUAAGGCAGACUGGCAGAACUGUGAACAACAUGAUCUCUCUAUGUACUUCAGUGUCAUACACAAGGCACUGGACAUGCAUAUUGCAGUGUGCAUCCUUAGACUGCAAGAAGGAAUCAGUUAUUCAAAUGUUCCAAGUGAGCCUGUGGAUGUCAUGGAUGGAGUCAGUGGUGAUAUUCCAGAUAGGACUUCCUUACAAGAUAAUGAAAAAUUUCAAGACUUUGCUCAACAGAAGCUGUUCUCUGAAUGUUCUCAAGGUAGCUCUGUAAAUGAACUCACAGAGCACUUAAGACAUUAUAGCAUAAGCACAUAUACCGAGUUAGCUGAGGGUGCUGUGAACAUGAGAAGAGAUUCAAUAAUUAGUGCAGUUCCAUUUGAUUAUUAUGGAAGCAAAUCUACAGUCAACAAGCAAAGUGAUAGUAGAAGAGACUCACAAACAGAUCUAUUCAAGAAAUUGUCAAAAGAAACAUUAGAGAACUUAACAUUGUUUCAAAAGUUUCAGAAUAAUGGAACAAUUGAUGUCUGGUGGUUAUAUGAUGAUGGGGGUCUCACUCUCCUCUUGCCCUACAUCAUUUCAACUCGUAGUAAUUGGUCAUCUUGUAAGCUGAGGAUAUUCACAUUAGCAAACAAAAAAGAUGAACUGGAAAUGGAACAGCGAAGUAUGGCUAGCUUGCUGGCAAAAUUUCGAAUUGAUUACUCGGAUGUGAAAGUAAUAACAGACAUAACAAGAAAACCACAGGAAUCAACAUAUGCUUUCUUCAAUGAGCUCAUUAGUGGCUUUAAAUUGGCUGAGAAUAAUCAUAAUACUGGAGAUGGUGUGCACAUUAAGGAAGAAGAACUUAGAUCAAUGGCAGACAAAACCAACAGACAUAUUAGACUGAGAGAACUAAUGAUGGAGAACUCGAACAAUGCUAAUCUCAUUGUUAUGACACUUCCAAUGCCAAGAAAAAAUGCUGUCUCUGCUGCACUGUAUAUGGCUUGGCUUGAAACACUAACAAACGGCAUGCCCCCAUUCUUACUAGUUCGGGGUAACCAAUCAUCAGUUCUUACAUUUUACUCAUAGAUAACAAUGGUUUAUACACUAAACAAACAUGCUGAGCAUGUUAAGAAACAAAAUACUAAGUUUUAGCUAAGCUGGAACUGGCUAAGUCAUCCUUGAUUUGUAUAACUGUGUAGUAUUGACAGCCUAUAAACAAGACGGGAUAUUGUGGAUGCAGCAAAUAAGCAAAUGUUAUAAGAGCUUUUAAAAUGGUUAACCUUUUUAUCAAUUCACUGAAUAAAUGCAGACAGGGACUAUACUGUUACUGUAAGAAGUGAAAGUGGGGAGAUCGGUUUGCUUCGCAUAUUGCGUUUAAACACAGGAAUCCCUAAAAUCAAUUAUAUGGCUUGAAAGUGAAAUAUAAACAUUAUAUAGGAAUGUCUGUCUGAGACUAGUCAAGUAUUGUUUUAUAAUUAAUUGUGUCCUAUGAGUGUUGGUAAUUUUACAAUUUCGGAACCUAUUUUCAUCUGUAAAUGGAAUUAUGGAAUUUAAACUCUGUGUUCCUAAAUGCUACAAAAGCAUGAUGUACAUAAUUCAAAAAUAACCCUGCUAAAAAAAACUUUGUAAAAAAAAAUCUGUAAAAUCAUGCUCAUGAACCUUUGUAAUAUUAUUAUAGUAAUUUUUAUCUGAAAUAUAAUUUGUGUGUCGUUUUU